UUCCAGGUGCAUUUGUUCCCGAACCGUUCUCGAAACAUUGUAUCGCCGCAUAACCGCUCCCAUUCUCCCGACUUUUCAGUACGCUCGUCGCCGUCGAACAGAGAAAACCGACGUCCAGCGUCGCUUCAGAUUCCCCGCACAAUGUUUUGACAAAAGGAAGUGUACAAAAAAAAUCAAAAUGGCUGUUGAAAUUUUAGAUCAGGACCAUUUUGCUAUAAGCGCCAUUGUGACAGUGACCAUGCAGAUAAUAUUUUUUAUCAUAGCAGCUACGUUCCAAAUGGAUAAAGUGACUGAUUUUGCCGGUGGAAUAAAUUUUAUUAUUUUGGCUGUGUUAACUUUUUUAUUGGGACAAGGAGAAAGGAGAAGCUACGACAGUAGACAACUUAUGGUCACGGUUUAUGUAUGUCUUUGGGGAAUGAGACUCUCAGGUUAUUUGUUAUACAGAAUAAUCAAAAUAGGAAGAGAUAAACAAUUUGAUGACAAAAAGAGUAACAAUAUUAGAUUUGCGAUAUUUUGGACAUUUCAGGCCGUUUGGGUUUAUAUUGUGAGUUUACCAGUGAUAAUAAUAAACUCCCCUAGACAUUCCAUUCCACUAGCUCCAAAAACGAUGACAACUUUAGACUCAACUGGUACUGCUUUUUUUAUAGUUGGUCUAUUGGCGGAAACUUAUGCCGACUUACAAAAAUUUUCAUUUAGACAAGAUCCAAAUAAUCAAGGCAAAUGGUGCAAUGACGGUUUGUGGAGACUGUCAAGGCAUCCAAAUUAUUUCGGAGAGAUAGUCUUAUGGUGGGGGAUAUUUAUAAUUUCGCUCAACGUUCUUGAUGGAAUAGAAUGGGUAGCUAUAAUGUCUCCCCUAUUUACAACAGUAAUUAUAUUAUUCCUAUCUGGUAUUCCUCUUCUUGAAAGGUCUUCCGAUGAUAAGUAUCACGAUAUAUCCGAAUAUCGGUACUACAAAUCGUCCACGUCUCCCUUGAUCCCCGUGCCCCCCGCAAUCUACGAGGAAGUUCCUCAAUUUCUGAAGUUCAUCUUGUGCUGUGAGUAUCCAAUGUAUAACUCGCUCAACGAGAAGCAGCAAUCCAAAAGCACUCACAUAAUCAAAGAAUCAACCAGUGCUUCGUUGGCAGCUUCGCAGACAUAGCUAUAGCUUCACGCUGGUCAGCGGCAGAUCAGCAGUGGAGAGAACGAUAAUCCGAUAUUCGAAACCAAAGUACAGAUUACUGCUCUAUAAGAUACUCCAGUCAAUGAAAGGAAAAAUAGGAUAUUCAGGUCUAUUCUGUAACUACAAAUCGAAUGGAAAUGGGUCAAAUCGAAUAGAGGUCAGCAAGUCGGAUCGGAUUUUUUAGGAAUUGGUAUUCUGUAACUCAUCUCAACCUCUACUAUCGAAAGGUUGGAUAGAAAUUGAUUUCGACUAGACAAUCUAGGAGGAAAUCGAGCAAGCAAUACGAAACGCAAAAAACGGAAAAACUGUAGGUCCAGACGAAAUACCUGCGGAAUUACUGAAAUGUCUAGACGAUGAAACUCUACCUGUACUACUGGAUCUGUUUAAUGAAGUAUAUAAAACCGGAAAAAUCCCUCAAGAAUGGUUGGUGUCCACCUUUGUAACAAUACCAUAAACAAUAUAUGCCAAAUAUUGUUCGGACUAUAGGACAAUAUCACUAAUAAGCCAUACCCUCAAAAUAUUUCUAAAGGUGAUUCAUGGAAGAUUAUACAGAAAGCUAGAAUAUGAUAUGGAUGAUACCCAAUUUGGGUUCCGCAAAGGACUUGGAACAAGAGAGGCAUUGUUUGCGUUUAAUGUUCUCUCUCAGAGAUGCUGAGAUAUGAACCUGUUUAUUUAUUCCUGUUUCAUCGACUUCGAAAAAGCGUUCGACAGGGUCUGACAUGAAAAACUAAUAGAAUUAUUGAAAAACAGAGAUAUAGACAGACGAGAUUUACGAAUUAUCAUCAAUCUGUAUUGGAAUCAAAAGGCCAAUAUAAAGAUAGAAGAACAAGAAUCCGAGAAUAUUGAUAUAAAGAGAGGAGUAAGACAGGGUUGUGUUCUGUCGCCGCUACUGUUUAACCUGUACAGUGAAGCCAUAUUUCAGGAAGCGAUAGCGGAGCUAAGUGAUGGAAUCUCUAUAAACGGAAGAAUAGUAAAUAACAUAAGAUUAGCUGAUGACACCGUUAUAAUGGCAGACACCCUAGAAUCGUUACAAGAAUUGCUAAAUAGAAUUAACGAUUAUUGCAUUCGAUACGGACUAAAAAUAAACAAGAAAAAAACAAAAUUUAUGAUUGUCCCAAAAACAGAACAUGGCAAUGAAAGGUUAAUGAUAGAGCAAACUCAAAUAGAAAAAGUAAAGGCAUACAAAUAUCUGGGAACCUGGGUUGAUGACAAAAAUGACCAAACCAAAGAAAUUAAGAAGACACUUCUUACAAACAAAGACCUUCAGUUGCCUCUCAGAUUGAGGGCUCUAAGAUGCUACAUAUUUUCUAUAUUGCUAUACGGAGUGGAAGCUUGGACAUUGAAGAGACAACACAUAAGAAGAAUAGAAGCGUUCGAAAUGUGGUGUUACAGAAGAAUAUUGAAAAUUCAGUGGGUUCAAAGGAUUACCAAUGUUGAAGUGCUACGACGUUUAAAUAAGGAGUUAGAAAUUAUGAAGAGUAUAAAACUAGAAAACUGGAAUAUUUGGGUCACAUUACCAGAGGAGAAAAAUAUGAGUUGCUGAGAAUUAUUAUGCAAGGAAGAAUCCAAGGAAGAAGAAGCAUGGGAAGACGCAUCUUCUGGCUGAGGAACCUUAGAGAAUGGUUUAACUGUAGUUCAUUACAACUGUUCAGAGCAGCAGACAACAAAGUAACAAUAGCCAUUAUGAUAUCCAACCUCCGAUAGGAGAGGGAACUUUAAGAAGAAGAAGACAAGCUCUGUCGAGAUCACAUUUCGACAUCGAAAUUGCUUUUGACGCUUGCGCAUUGGUAUCAUUACUGUUGUUUUGACGUUUAUUUGUUACACAACUAUAAAUGGUCAGCAGAGGUUUUUUUCUUUGUGUUUCGCUUGCCAUUUUUUAUUCUUGUGUUGAAUUUGCCAAACUUAACCAAAACAAACCAAAAUUUCUUUUUUUGUGAAUUCUUCGCACAACACUAACCUUUCUAGUAACCUAACGUCACAAAACACUUUUUUCACUUUUCAGUGCGGGGUCGCCAACACCCCCUGAGCGCGUCAAAUAGAGGUUGGCGUUUUCGAUUUACACUGAUUACGAUAUUAGUUACAGAAUGCCAAUCCAACAACGAAAACGACGUGAUAGAUAUUCAACAUUCCGAUUUCGGGUAAUUACGAUUCGACUUGGUCAUUUCUAUUCGAUUUGUUAAAAGUUACAGAAUAGGGCUGAUCAUCUUCGAUUUCUGUCCUAAUGCAUCGAUUUCGAUGAAAUUAAGGGAAGAGGCUUUACUUUUCUCCUAAUUAAAAUAGGCUCUACUUACCUCCUAAUUGUGGACAGCCGUAGUUCAGCGGCAAGAUACUGGCUUCAUAUGACUUCAUAAAAACGACAUUUUCAUUUCUAAAAAUGAUACGGGCCGUUCACCCUGCUUCGGAGGGUACGUUAAACCAUCGGUUCCAAUAAAGGUCUUUAGUUUAAGAUACAUAUAAACCAACCCCUUUGAUAAUAAAAUAUUUAAAAAAAGUUUAUUAAUAUUUUUAAUUAAUUUAUAUAUUAUAUAAUAAUAAAAUUUAUGCAAAAGAUGAAUAAAAAAAAAGUAGAAUCUUUGUUAGACAUUUAAAAAACAUUCAUGUCGCGCAAGUGAUUUAUGCAUUUUUGUGGACUGCAAAUGUCCAAUAGCAUUAUUCCAUCUCCAAUCAAUUGGAGCUUUGGAUUUAAGCUUUUGAGGAAAUGGCAAAAUUUCAAUCAACUCAACUCAAAAAUUAUUUUUUCAAUUUUUAGAAAAGUUAAAAAAAAAGAAUUAUAGAACAUUUUUUGUUUAGAAUUAGGUUUUUUAACAAAUACUGGGGUGAUUUUUACCAAAAAUUUCUACCCACAAGAAGGGGUGGGAACCAACGCCAAAAUAAAAGGAUAUAUUGGCAUAGGGUAGACUUUGUUUCUCGAACUAUUCCUUACAUAUUGUGAAAAUAUCAAGUAAAUUGAUGCAGUAGGAUGGAAUUCGAAGCCAAAUACCCUCAUUGACUAAACUAGAAGUGGGUGCUCAAAAGGACGAUAGAAGCAAAUGGGGGGUAUACUAUACAAUAUUUUUUUAGAGAAUUUACUUAGAGAAAAGAUUUUGUCAACAUAGCAAAUUAAUAGUGUUUUGAACAUAAUAGAUUGUUGAUAAUAAUCUUCUAUGUAGUAAGAACUUCUAUCACACCUCCCUUCAAAGUAUUCUAAAAUUAUAUAGUAAUUUCUAAAAUAUAAAAAAUAACACAUAUCUUAGAAAAAAAGAUACAACAGGAAUAAAUUUUAUACACUAUACAUUUUUCCAUCAGUGUAGAGUAUUAAAUUAAAACAAUUUAGUAUACAAGAUAAUAAAAAAAUGCUAAACCGCUAAUAGAAGAGGGCGCAGAAUACAACAAGCCGAUCUUUCUUAAGACGUUUAAUACUAGAUAUAAUAAAAUAAUCAUAAAAUAUUUCGAGUAAAUGCAAAUCUUUAAAAUUGCAUAAAUAUUGGUUAGAAUAGCAUACAUGUUGAAAAUGACUGCUGAGUAUCAAAAAAAUUGAAUUGACAAGGUAUCGCUAAAACAAUAAUUCAAAUAAUUUUUUAUUAGAAAUAUUUUCAAAUAAAAUAUUUAGACAGUCUUUGAUACAUUUCCUAUUUUACUUUGAAUCUCAAUUUUUUUACAAUCUUCAAAAUUUAAAUAAUCCUAUUUUCCCAGUCAUGAUCGAUAAGUAUAAGAUUGUAUUCUUUUCGUCUGCCGCAUCAACUCCAUCCAGAUGAUAGGGUGCUUGCACCCGUACCAAUUGUUUUUGGCUCUUCAUAUAGCGUUUCCAGCAUUUUUGUAUGAUUAUCAACUCCAUCAUAUAAUAAAACAAUGUCAUCGACAAAUCUUAGAUGGUUCAGAUCCCCUCCAUUUAUAUUAAUUCCCAUAUUAACCUCUCGUUACCAGUGGCCGAUCCAAGGGGGGUGUCACGAGGGUCAUGACCCCCCAGACGAAAAUAUUUAAUUCAAUUCAAUAAUCCUAAAAAAAAAAGAAAAACCGAGAGCUGUAGUAGUCCCAUCCAAAAAAUAAUUGAAAACCCACUUAUCCUAGUGAUGGUAAGACUAGUGGUGGUAAGUGAUCUUGCAUCAAAGAAAAGUAAUUAAAUCACCCUCAAGAUCCAUGACACCUCCCAAAUUCUGGAUCCGCCACUGCUCGUUCCAUUCUUCUUCGAUUAUGGAGCGUUGGCUAUAGUAACUAUUUUUUGUUCAGCCCGCUCUUCCAUACUUCCUCAUUUUUGACUCAUUCCUUAUGCAAUAUCUUUUAAUCACAAUUAUUUGACAAAUCCCUACGCUAAUAAUAAGAGGCAUCAUUUUAAGUAAACGAUGAGGUAGGUACUCUACACUGAUAUGAAAACAAUUUAGGCAUAGAAUCCUGUCGGAUACAAGAAAACUAUGGGAGACGCUUUUGUAUAAAAAUAAAAUUAUGGGCGAAUUAAACUGAUUGAACACAACGAAUAGAGUAAAAUAAAAACAUGAACUAGAAAAUGGUUAUGUAUCAAAACCGAUAUGAAGCACCAAAAGCAUAAAAAACAUGAAUUGUUAUUUCUAAGGGACUAAAAAAUAUAGCAAACAAUCUGUUUUUAAAAUUAAAUUAAUAAACUCUUCAUUACAUAUUCAAAUCAUUAACAUUAUAGCAUAUCUCUGAUAUCUCUCUAUUUAGAACAUUUACAUACUUGUAUAUAUUAUACUCAUUGUGAAAUAUUUCACAUUUUCCGAUGUAACUGUUAUAUAGUUAAACAAUAAUAUUACUUUAUUGUUAAUAUGUAGUAAUAAAAUUACUUGAACUGAAAA